GUGUUUUGAUGUUUUUACGUUUUCUCUUCUUCACUGAUUACGGAUUUUUCUUUCGUUUUGGUUUUCGUGAUAAUUUCGGUCUAAUGAUUUUGUGAAAUAGAAUAAAAUCUUUAUAUUGCUAGCAUGGUAUACUCUGAAAUUAAAUUUGUCUGUUUUACCAUAAUUUGACUAAAUAAGAAUAAGGUUAGAGUGCGGUAUAACAAAUAAUGGAUGUGAUUUUUAUGAAACCCGUGCAACCGCACGUUUUUAAAGCUAUUAAAGAUCUGGACGUAGAAAAUCUGAUGAAAUGUUCUCCAGAAGAAGUAAGACCUAUUAUACCAUGCCUUGUACGAAUGGCCCUCAUAUCUCCUUUGGAUACAACUAAAUACUGUGCAGAAGCUAAAAAAGAUAUCCUAACACUACUAUCAGGAAUUGAUUUGGUAAAUUUUAUUGUAUCCUUGUUGUCUAUAGAAUUUCAUGCACUAGAAGUAGACCUAAAGAAAGAACAACAAAUGAGACAAAAGAAUGGUUCGCAAUGUACAGAGUCAAUUUUGGUUCCAAGUAUAGUUAAUGGAAUAGCUAGUGAUUUUGAACAAUCAGAUUCAGCUCGUCGAGUAAGACUUGUCCUAUCUGAAAUACUGCAAAUGCAAGCUCAGCUAACAGAAUAUAAUCAAAACAAAAACUCUAAUUCAGAGACAUCUAUAAAACCAUCAGAACUUUUUGAUAAUGAUGUUUAUUUGGAAGAAAUCACAGAUGUUAUUUGCAUUAGUCUUGCAGAAUUACCAAAUUUAUUAAACAUUUGUGAUGUUGUAGAAGUGCUACUUCAUGUCAAUAAAGGGCCCAUUAUAAUAUCAUGGGUAGUCGCCAAUAUGCCUGACACCCUGCAGGAAGUAGCAGAAUCUUUGGUUAUGAAUGCAGAACGAGGAGAAGAGGGAGGUGUCCGUACUAAAGCUCUUGCAACACUGUGUGAUGCUUGUCCUUAUAUAGCUGCAUCUGUGAGAUCCAAAGCAGCAUUUGCAUCUCGCUUACCUUCACUCAUCAUCAACCUUACUCUUACUCAUCAUCAAGAAGAUCUGGUAUCAUUUAUGUCCGGUUUAUUAUUAGGUUCUGAUCAGACCACGAGAGCAUGGUUUGCAACAUUUUUACGUAACUCACAUAAAAGAGGGAAAGGCGAUGGUCAUUUAGCACUCACAAAACUACGACAGGAACUCUUAAACAGAUUAAAAAUUGCCAUUGCUGGUGUAGAGGCUUCUGCAUUACUUCGACUCUAUUGUGCCCUCAGAGGUAUUGCAGGGAUUAAGUUUCAGGAUGAUGAAGUUGCUGGACUCUUAAGGCUAGUCACUCAAAGACCUCCACCAACACCAGCAGGUGUCAGAUUUGUGUCUUUGAGUCUCUGUAUGCUUCUUGCAUGUCCAUCUUUAAUGGCGGCACCUGAGCAUGAAAAAAAAGCAAUUGAGUGGGUACAAUGGCUAGUUAAAGAAGAAGCGUACUUUGAAAGCAAUUCUGAAUCGACUGCGUCAUUUGGAGAGAUGCUUCUACUAAUAGCAAUACAUUUUCAUUCUGGCCAACUUGCAGCUGUAGGAGAAUUAGUAUGUGCAACAUUAGGUAUGCGUGUGCCAGUACGACCUAACGGCCUAGCGCGCAUAAAACAAGCUUUCACACAAGAAAUCUUUACAGAACAGGUUGUAACAGCGCACGCAGUAAAAGUACCUGUCACAGCAAAUCUUAAUAGCAACAUCCCCGGAUACCUUCCCGUACACUGCAUUCAUCAAUUGUUAAAAUCAAGAGCCUUUUCGAAACACAAAGUUCCAAUUAAGAAUUGGAUUUACCGCCAAAUUUGUAACUGUAUCGCACCACUGCACCCCGUCAUGCCCGCUCUUGUUGAAGUUUACGUCAAUUCUAUUCUGGUCAUUAAUAAUAAAGGAUCCAACGAAUACGUCAAUAAACCGAUAACAGAGGAAGAAAUAAGGAAAGUGUUUAGAAACUCUAUAUUUGGUGCCAAUUUUGAUGUACAAAAUAAACCAUUUUCACCUAUGGAAAUAGAUAACGGUGAAACGUCCAUUGAUAUUGAUAUUGAAAAACCUACUUUAGCCUCUCAACUGCUACUGAUAUACUAUUUGUUGUUGUAUGAAGACGUAAGGCUCGCUAAUGCAGCAUCUCUUAUAGCUAACGGUAGGAAAGUGAAAAGUUAUUCUUCUGCAUUCUUAUCUGAACUGCCCAUAAAAUAUCUUUUGCACCAAGCGCAAAAAGAUCAAAUGAGUUACGGUGGUUUGUUCAGUCCCCUUCUUCGUUUACUAGCUACACAUUUCCCACAACUAUCGCUCGUUGAUGAUUGGAUGGACGACCAAGUAUUUGGUGAUUCAUGUCGUCAUCAAGUUGAUGUCAAUUUAUCAGAAAUAUCGAUAAAUGAGGCGUUCCAAAGUAUUGAUGAAAACCCAUACAAAACUGCCAAAAUAUUAAAAGCUAUGCUUAGCAAAAAUCCCACAGAUAUAUGGCCGUAUGCCGAACUAUUUGUACGAUAUUUUAAAAGCGUGUUGGGAAACCAGGUCCCGAGACAUAUACAAGAAUUAUAUCGAGAAGUAUGGUUGCGCCUGAAUACUGUUUUGCCUCGUUGUCUCUGGAUAAUGACCAUAAAUGCUUUGUUGGACAUAAAUAGUGGCGCUAAAAAUGUGACAAUAACACAAGAAAAUGUGUUGGUUGAUCCCUUACAGGUUCUAAGAUGUGAUAUAAGAGUGUUUAGAUGUGGCCCGAUAUUAAAAAUAAUCUUGCGAAUAUUGGAAGCUAGUUUGGCUGCAUCUCGAAGUCAACUAAGUCGCCAUUUACUUGAUAAACCACUUUUGGAAAAAAGUGGACAGUUAACAUCUGAUUCUGAAAGAGAAGAAUUGAAAAACGCUUUAGUCGCUGCACAAGAAAGUGCAGCUCUCCAAAUUUUACUAGAAGCUUGUCUUGAAACAACUGAAGAUAAAAGCAAACCUGAAUUGAUGUGGUCAUUGCGAGAAGUCAGAAGUAUAAUAUGCUCAUUUCUGCAUCAAAUAUUUAUAUCAGAACCAUCAUUAGCGAAAUUGGUCCACUUUCAAGGAUAUCCUCGUGAAUUACUGCCAGUUACUGUACAGGGUAUACCUUCAAUGCACAUAUGUCUAGAUUUUAUUCCUGAACUUUUGAGUCAAGCUUCACUUGAAAAACAAAUCUUUGCUGUAGACUUAGUCUCGCAUUUAUCAAUUCAAUAUGCUUUACCAAAGGCAAUGUCUAUAGCACGUUUAUGUGUUAACACUCUUUCCACACUUCUGUCCGUGCUUCCUAGUGAUUUGCGCUUGGAAUUAUUCCAGCCUGUGUUGAAGUCUCUUGUACGCAUUUGCAUCGCAUUUCCAUCUCUACUUGAAGAUAUAACAUCUUUAUUGUUACAAUUAGGAAGAAUAUGUGAAUCGCAAGCAUCUCUUGGACAUUGCUGGAAUGACACUCAUAUUUUAGGAGAAGGGGCUUAUGUCUAUGCAAAUUCAGAAAAUAAAUCUAAAGUACUAGUUGCAGAGGUUUUAUGUCGAGACAUAAAAGUAACUAUGUCUGAAAUUAUACAAAAAGCGCUAAUAAAUGACAAAUUGUAUUAAAUUAUUGAUCAAGUAUAAAAAUAAAAUACUUAUACC